AUGAGCAGCAUAGAGUACAUCGCAUACACAGAAAAUCUAGAUAAAGACGCAGACGAAGAUGAUCGCAAUCCGGCUUCGGCCGCUACCAGCGAACUCAUUUCGCCUACCAAAGGCGACUCCACCACUCCUCUCACAUCUCUAUCUGUCGUCUCUCCCCUCUCCCCUGUGUUUCCGGCGCUGGUGCGCACAAAGCGCAAAGCCAGCGGGUCGCUGGACGACGCGAAGGAAAAGGUGCUGCGCCUGCGCAGUAGUGCUGGUGGCGCUGACCAUAAUUGUAGACUUGUUCGGGUCGUCUACAACCAUAAAAAUUCUGUUGACGAAAAUGGUCUUCCUGACCGCAAACUUCUCCCCGGCGAGAUGAUUAGGCCGGACGGUGGAGCCUCUGUGCCUGCGAACAGAGAAGCAGCUGCGGCGGCGAAUGCUGUUUAUGAUUUGGCAGAGAAAGCCCUUCAGGGGUUUUGA